AAAAUAGGGAGAGUUCUGUUAGUAAAUAAGAAAUGUCUGUCUUUGAAGGAGCACAUUAUGUUGAAGUACUCCCAAUCGGCUUCAAAGAACCGAAAAACAGAUAAAGUGUACUGGAAUAAAUUGUGUCUACUUGAACCUGACAACUACAUGAGAUUUUCUGUGUAGCCCUCCGUGUCUGACCGAUGCCAGAUUCCACCGUAUUGAUCUGCUUGUUGUUGUUGUGGUAUCUGUCGUCUUCCCGACUUAUGAAUUAUUCCAGCAAUUGGUCCCGCUGUAAGUCUGUGUUUUCUUGUGUACUGGUACUUGCAGCUGGAAAUUGCUCUUAAAUGUUUUCUUAUUGCUGUGGGGAAAUCUUUGUGUAGAAGUGUCAAUGAAUGUUGUGAAUCUUGUCAGGGACAUAUCAGAACUUGUGUGUUUGUGAAGGGAUUACCUCCAUGCAUGGCGAUGUAAUUGCACCGUUAUAGGCACAGAAUUCAAUAUGGUGUUAAAGAAACGUUUAACCUGCUGGAUUUUAAAUUCCCACAACACAGAACCAUGAAAAAGGUGGGACAGGCAUGGGGAAAGGGAAUGUCUACGCAUUUGAAAAAAGGAAUUAAAUUUAAACGAGUCUUGUUUGUAAGAAAAAGUGUACCACAAUGACUGACCACGAGACUCUGGCUCUGCAGACAACUUCCACCGUCUGUCCGACCAAUCACGUUGGACUGGUGAGAAGGACAAGCAUGGAAACGUACAUGGUGCGCAUUUAUCCCGGUCCGUUAUACGACUGCGAUUACACCUCCGUGGAGGCCGAGAAAUGUACAGUUGCUGCUGAUAUUCUCAAAGUGGCUGUGAAAAAGCUCCAGCUCGGAAAUCCAGAUAAAUAUGAACUAGCUGAAGUGUUGUCAUCCGGAGGACAGUUGUGUAAGGAACGGAGACUGGAACCGAUGGAAAAUCCGGUACGGAUUAUGUUACUGUGGCCAAAAAUGGCCGGGGGCAAUGUGCCUGCAUAUAAGUUUUUCCUCAGAAGAAAAGACAAUGAAAGUGUUAAUAGAACUUCAUCGUGGCGGGAAAUUUCAAGUGAUUCAAGCCGUGUGGAUUCUUUUCUCAUGACAUUCCUCAGACAGCCAACCAACAAUAAGGAAUAUCCAGAUUUAUGCAACCUUCCGGAUUUAAAUGAGAUGACAUUGUUGGACAACAUCAGAAACCGAUUCCAACACUCACACAUCUAUACAUAUGUAGGAUCAAUUCUUAUAGCUGUGAACCCUUUUAAAUUUUUCCCUAUCUACAAUCCCAAAUAUGUGAAAAUGUACCAAAACAAACGGUUGGGGGAACUACCCCCGCACAUCUUUGCAAUUGCGGACGCAGCUUUUUACACCAUGCUCCGCAAGAAGAAAAAUCAGUGCAUUGUGAUAUCGGGAGAAUCGGGGUCCGGUAAAACGGAGAGCACCAAUCUCCUUCUGCAUCACCUGACGGCAUUGAGUCAGAAAGGAUCGCAUGGAAGUGGGGUGGAACAAACAAUUCUGGGAGCGGGACCUGUUCUAGAGGCCUUUGGAAAUGCCAAAACAGUUCACAAUGAUAAUUCCAGUAGGUUUGGAAAGUUCAUCCAGGUCAACUACAAAGAAAAUGGAAUGGUCCAUGGUGCAAUUGUGGAGAAAUAUUUACUCGAGAAAUCCAGAAUUGUGUCACAAGCCAAAAAUGAAAGGAAUUACCAUGUGUUUUACUAUCUGCUGGCUGGGGCUGAUGGACAGGAAAGAGACGCAUUACAUCUGUGUAAACCUGAAGAAUAUUACUACCUUAGACAGAGUGGGUGCUAUACACUGGAGGGAGAAGAUGAGGCUCAUGAGUUUGCUCGUCUCAAGCAGUCCAUGGAAAUGGUGGGCUUCUCAAGUGUAACACAAAAAAGGAUAUUCUCUGUGAUGUCUGCAGUUUUGCUUCUAGGGAAUGUGGAAUUCAAAAAGAAGGGAGACCAACAUCAUGACGACAGUGUCACCAUCAAAAACCAAGAGGUCAUACAGAUCAUCUCUGGCAUUCUCAAGGUGAAGGAGAAGACCCUAGUAGAAGCCUUAACCCAGAAAAGAGCAACUGCCGGUGACGAGACAGUGGUUAUGAACUACAAAAUGCAUGAUGCUAUAGCCACUCGUGAUGCCAUGGCCAAAUGUCUGUAUGGGGCUCUGUUUGAUUGGAUCGUCCUCAAAGUGAAUCAAGCACUGUUGGCCAAGAGACACAACAGUGAUCAUCAGGGAAAUUCAAUAGGUGUUCUAGACAUAUUUGGAUUCGAGGAUUUCAGCAAAAACAGCUUUGAGCAGUUUUGCAUAAAUUAUGCAAAUGAGCAUCUACAGUAUUAUUUUAAUCAACACAUUUUUAAAUUUGAACAAGAAGAGUACAAAAAGGAGGGGAUUCAAUGGAAGAACAUCGAGUUUAUAGACAACACCGGUUGUCUGGAGCUCUUCUCAAAGAGGCCUGAUGGACUCUUUAGUCUGUUGGAUGAAGAGUGCAAUUUUCCUGGUGCUACAAAUGAAACGCUGCUCUCCAAAUUCAACCAUCAUCACAAAGGCAAAACAUACUACCAAGUGCCAAACGUCAGAGAAGAAGCGUUUGCAGUUUUACAUUAUGCAGGCAAAGUCAAAUAUCAGAUCAAGGAUUUCCGAGAGAAGAAUGUGGAUCAGGUUCGGCCAGAUAUCGUCGGAGUCUUAAAGAGCAGCAAUUUAUCCUUCCUCAGGGAACUCAUGGGUUUGGACCCAGUUGCAGUACUAAGAUGGUCCAUCAUUAAAACUCUAGUCAAAAGUGUUUUCGCUUUCAUAGCAGCAGGACGAAGUUACAGAAGCAAUGGGGGAGUAAAGAAAGAAGUGCAGAAACAAAAUAGGAAGAACUCCUUUGACUUUAAUCUAGUGGCGGGGGAAAACCUACUGAAUAGUCAACACAAGCGAGGGCAUCCAGUGUACACACCUGUACACAUCCUCCCCGACAUGGACGACAGUGGUCUCCCCGACGAAGAGGUUUUCUUGGACCUUCAGCGCAGUCCUAGUGAAGUCCACAUGUCCGAUGAGGAAAUGCGGAUUUACAGAAGAGCCAAAUUCGUUAUGUUGAAAAACAAAUCAUUCCGACCAAAGCCAAGACCUCCAACUAUGCUGAGGGAUAUCAAGACUCUGAAAGCCAUAGCUAGUCGUACCAUGUGUAACAGAUUCACUUCCAAAAAGCAACCUGCGAGUGUCAGUGCACAGUUCCAGUGGUCGUUGUCAAAGUUAAUGGCUACACUACAACAGGCAAAUCCAUUUUUCAUCAGAUGUAUUAAGUCCAAUGCUGACAAGCUUCCCUGUACCUUUGAUGAUGUGCUAGUCCUUAGGCAGCUGAGAUACACUGGAAUGCUGGCCACCGUCAAAAUACGACAAUCGGGAUACAACUAUAGGCUCACUUUUGAGGAAUUUAUUCAGCUUUACAAGAUCAUUCUACCAAAGGGUCUCCUGAGUUCGAAGGAAGAUGUAACCACGUUUCUAGAAUCCAUGAACUUAAAUAAGGAUAAUUACCAGAUUGGUAUUACAAAGGUUUUCCUCCGAGAAUCUGAAAAAAUUUUCCUGGAUGAGUCCCUCCAUUCAGCUAUCAUGUUGCGUGUAGUAAGAAUCCAGCGCUGGUUUAAAACUAUUCUGGAGCGCAGGCAUUUUGUUUCCCUGCGUAGUAGCACUGUGGUAAUACAGGCUAUCAUCAGAAUGUACCUGGCCAAACAGCGUAAGCAGAAGCUGAUCCGACAACUGCGGGCGGUUGUGACGAUUCAGCGUUUCGUGCGAGGCUGGAAAGCCAGACGGAAAUACUUCACUACCAUCAACGCGGUGAUACUUAUACAGAGCUGGUACAAGGGAGCUAGAAUACGCAGACAGUACAAAGGACAAAUUGAGGAGGCUUUAGAGAGACGGCGGAAACAGGAAGAAGAGGAGAGACAGCGUCAGAAGCAGGUGGACACAACCAGCGAUGAGGGUGUACUCAGUACGGAGGAGCUGGAUCACGUCCCAUCCGAGGACCGACGUCACUCCGAGAGCAGUGGAAUCCACGAAGUGGAGGAUUCCGAAUCCGAUACAGUGGACGCCAAGAUCAAAGACAAGUCCACUCCUCACACAAGUCCUGUCAACCCCCAAACAGUAGUUUUGGUACAGCCCACCAUCAAACUUCCAGAUGAUGAAUUUCUUAAACAGUCUCAUUCCACCUCUAGAGUUUCAAAUCUUGCAAAAUCCUUUCAGGGCUCACAUAAGGAGGGUGCCAGUCAUAAAACGAUAUUUAUAGAACGCGGACCCCACCACAAACUUAGAACCAGGUCGUUUCCCGCCCCACUGGCCAAACAAGAAUCGUUUUCUGAUUUGGAACCUUCCACCCCCUCCCCCACCCUUCUGUCCCCCUCCCGUCUCAAAACUUUGGAGGAGGUGCUGAGUAGGAACCGUGAGAUAACCGGGGAACCCGCCACCUCUCCGGUCGGAGAUUUCUCCGCAGCCCACAAAAGUCCGUUCAGGAAAGCACGCAGACAUUUCAAGAACUUUGUUGGAGAAGCAACGAGCUGUAUGCCACCAAUCGGAUCUCGAUCUUCCUCCUUCCGAUUUCUGCGACACAGAAGCAGUAAAAGACAGGCCAAGAAAGAUGGAGUGGAUGACAGUGAUGAAGAAACAGCUGCUCCUGUCCAAAUCAAGCCAAAGCGCCCUCAUAAACUGGGUGUGCAAGUAUUGCCUACAGAGGGCACACAACCUCCAUCAUCACCGGCUUCUCCGACCGAAGGCAAAGCAGCAGAAGACUUACGUUCUUCCAGUGAAGAUCUUCCACGUAAGGGGCGAAAGAAGCCACGCCACAAACCUGCCAUCAGACGAAAUGAGUCUCCGGCACGUGGGAACUGGAAGGUAGAGGGAACCUCCGAGUGGCAGUAUCCUGCAGAUCUAGUCAUCACAGACUUUGGCGAGUUUGCUAACCUGGAUAUCUUCAUUUACAAAAAGCUUAAAGAUUACACUAGAGACAAAAAGAAGGAAACUAUAUUUGACAAAGUGUUUAAGCGGUCAUUAAGUGCCUUCCAUAAGGAGAUGCAGGCCACAAUAUCUGUAGAAAAACAGAAAGGAGAGAUUCAUUUGCCAUACAGAAAUCUGCUGACCAAGUUCGCCUUGACCUUGGAGGCCGAGGUGAAACUGGAGAGGACCAAUGCUUCGUUCCCUGUGACGAUGGGGGUCAACGCAUUCCGUGGCUUUCUGGAUGAAUUCAUCAAACAUCACAAGAAAGAGAAAAAGAAGCAAGACAAGAAGGUGGACAACAAGAAUCAGAAGCAAGAGAAGACCAAAAAAGAUGUCUAUGAGUUCUUGGGACACAAGUAUUGUCUGACCCAGUUUGGUAUACCGACUUUCUGUGAGUUCUGCUCCAACAUUAUAUGGAUCAUGGAGAAGGGAAGCGUGUGCCAAGUGUGUAGAUAUACGUGCCAUAAGAGAUGUGUGAACAAAUCAACGAGCAUGUGUAAAGGAGCACAGGACAAUCAGAACCCUGGGUCCAAAGUUUACGGAGUUCCAUUGGCCAGCUUAGUGUCAGAUGACCACAAAAUCCCGGUUAUUGUGGAACGACUUAUUGUUGCCAUAGAAACCCAUGGGAUGUUCACUGUCGGAGUGUACCGCAAAUCUGGUGCUACUGCGAAGGUCAAACAACUGAAGCAGAACAUCGACAGUGGUAAAGAAGAUAUGACUGCCAUAGAUAUUGAAGAAUACCCUAUUCACACACUAACCACAGUGCUCAAAUAUUUCUUCCGUGAACUCCCCGAACCCUUGCUGACCUUUGAACUUUAUGAUGAUUUCCUGAGAACUGCAGAAAUUCAUGAUGAGAAGGAAAGAGUGCAAGCUAUGUAUGCUGUGAUUGAGAAGCUACCAAAGCCAAAUUACGAUUUGUUUGAGAGACUGAUUUUCCACUUAGCGAGAAUUGCUCACAAUGAAGCUUUAAACAAAAUGUCCUCAAAUGGCCUAGCCAUCAUAUUUGCACCAGCAUUACUCAGAACCAACAAGAAACUUCAAGCUCAAGAUUCCCUCAACCAAGUGCCAAGACAAACUGCUGUGAUAAAGCAAAUCAUUACUGAACAACUGUUGAAAAUAAAAGAGACAUUCAACGACCUAAGUACACUGGAGACGGCGGAGGUAACCGCUACAGACCGCCUCAAUGUGGUGCGACUCAGCAUGAGAGCAAGGAGCCCUGUGCGUCCGCCCACCUCCCCCGAGCCUGAGGUGAGCUCUAUCACGGAGGAGACAGGGGUUCCUGAGGACAUGGAUGAGGAGGAGGCAAAGGAGGAGGAGAAGGCUCUGUGUUCACACAUCAGGUCCAUUCAGAAAGAAAGAGAAAACCUGACCUCCCUUUUGCCAGCCUUAGAGUGUCGGCACUUAAGUUCGGACGAUGAUGGUCUAAGCACCGAUGGCAUGGAUAGCAUAUACGAUACCGCUGACGAGGAGGAAAACGAGGAAUACGCCUUGACCUUUGACCUUCCAGUGAGUCCCCCUUCUCAGCUUCAGCACUUAACCAAGAGGCGAGUCUCCAACAAUCCCAUCAAAAGACCCCCAAAGCGGUACAAACCCUGCCCAGACAAACGGGGAGACCAGUGUUUUUCCUGUAGCAGUGACGACCUGAGCGAUCCUCUGGAGAGCACUGCCAACGAUUCCACUGCAUCGAACAUUUCAGAGGGGUCCUCGGUGCUUCCAAUCGCUCACACCCGCGAACCUUCGUGGGAAUCCAGUUCUGUCUCGAUCCCAGCCCUCCACAACAUUUGUGAGGAUGAGGAUGAAAUCAUGGUCUAGUAACUGUGAGCCCUGCCAUUCCUUUUUAGUCACUGUGACACAAAAAGUCCACUCAUUCAUUGCGUGUUUUUCUGUUCAUUGUUUUUUUUUUAUUUAACUUGACCCAUAUCAGUUGUGGAGAGUCAUUCCAAGUCUUCAUGAAUAUUCAUAUUCUACCUCAUUUGUAUGCAUAUUAAUGACAUGCUAAUUAGUCAUUAACAUAUGGGAUGGACAGGGUUGGAGAUGUGGUGUGUUUGCAGUGCUUUAGAAGAGAACAUUUUUGAUUCAACAUGUAGACAUGAACAUGUAGACUUCUGUAUUAUUGAAUGCAGUAUGCUGUUGAAUGUAUCAAGUGCCUAGUGAACUCAAUGUCUUCACAAUUUGCAAGUUCAUUACAUGAUUAUUUAUUUUCAGUUUAACUGUGCUUUGUGGGAUUGCAAACUGAUUUCAUAUGCAAUUUAUGUUUAUUUUUGCCAAAACUUGUGUAUUUUUCAAGUGCAAUAAUAGUCAUAUUAAGUAGCGCUUUGUAUGCUUACAAACAAUUAUUCAUGCGUGUCACUUCCCAGUUAUGUCGCCAUGGAAAAGACAAAGUAUCAGAGUGCCAGUCGGUUUUUGUCAAUAUAAAUAUGUAUAAUGUGUUCUAGUCAUGCAGUACAGAACUUGGUUAUAUUUGUACGAUGAUGGUGAUAAUUAAGAAGAAGAAGAAGAUGAUGAUGAUGAUGAAUUUGGUUAGAUAGAUGUGUUAGAUUGGCAUAUUCUGUGAUGGACACAUGCUGUUAUGAUCUGAGAUAUCAUCAAUGUAAAUAGUCAUUUUAUUUUGAUCAUCUCAUUAUGAAUUUUUUUAUGUGAUUUUUUUGUUUGUUUCUUGGGGUCUUUCAAGUAUGUUUUAUGAUUGCUUGCUGCUGUUGGAACAACACCAUUUCAGUUGUUGAGAAAGUGAAUGCUCUGAAUCUUUGGUACAUUACGUUGUCCGAGAUAUAUUAAAGAUCAUCGUUUUCGCCAUGUUCCAGAAGCUGUUGCAUUAUAAUACUUUCUUUAUUGUUAUUUUGAGAGAAAGAAAUUGUUGCGCAUUAAAAUAUGAUAUUGAAAUAACCACAACUGUGCUUAACACACUGAUAUUAUAAAACAACAUAUGUCAUCAGUUCAAUUUUUUUUUUUAAUUUUUCAUCCAAGACAGAUCUAAAAAAAACUUCUUAUUUUUGCCUGAUCACUUCAGAUAAAGAAUGUUCACCACAUGUGUUGCACUUUUAAAUUAUGUUACACUUUUAACUUGCAAGGUUCCUUAGGUACGCAGAACUUGAACAACUAGGGGUAGUUGAUUUUUAUUAUUUCAGCAAAUGACCACCAAAUAUGUUCAAACUUGUUUUAAAACACCUAUUGGUAUUUACUACUUAAAGUGGAAACAUCUUCAAAUCUCCAAGAUUUAUCAAAUUUUCAUUUCUGUACUAAUAAUAUUUGUCGAAACAUGCCCUAUGUAUGGUUUCUAUGUUUGUAUAUUGUAGUGUCUUUGUGGAAUUCUAUCAAGUGAUUGUUUUUCUGGAUUACUGCCUUAUACUGUAAUUGUCAACCAUCAUUAAUAUUUCCAUCUUGAAUAUACACAUAUGAACAACAAUAGAAAUUUACUGCAGAAACUUGAUCAUUAUGAGUUAUAUAUGCCCCAGUUACUUCCAAUUUUCAGUCUUCUGAAAAGGUGCUCUGAAUUUGACUGCCAAAUUGUACAACUAUUGAUAAUUACACAUCAAAAUGGUUCAAAACUGUGCAUGUUGAUGUGGAUUAUAGCACAAUCUUCCUUGUCUUUGUGAAGCAAGGAAGAAAUGUGUAAAUCACACUUCUAAUCUUCUGUUUUUACACAGUUUAUACAUUAUUCCUGAUGUUAAAAGAAGGGUAACUAUUUGAAUUUGUUUUCGAGUCAAUGAUUUAGUGUCUGUUGAUUCUGUUGAAUUGAAUUUGAAUUGAACAUAUUUUAUUGAAUAAAUCAAAAGGAUAAGACACAAGUUCUAAAACUUAGCUAGUCUUCUCCUAAAUUCUGUUUGAAUUUGAAAUUUGAUUCUGUUCAAAUACAGUAGACAUUGCUUCAUAGAAAAUACAUGGCUUACUAAUGCAACUCUAUUUUUUUGGUGAGAAUAUACAUGUAUUUUCCCUUUCUUUUUUUUUAAAUGAUCUUUCAUUGCAGAAAUAUGUUGUUUUAAUUUUUGAUCAAAUCACAAGACUUGUUUUCUCUGAGAUUAUGAAUUUCUGGAGAAAAAAAACCAGUGGAUUAAACAUGGUGUAAAUGUAGAUGGUUUUUCCAAUGCGUCAUUUCUUACUUUGUUAUCACCUGUGAUGCUCAAAUUGAUUUGUUAUUUCAAGCUCUGCUGUAAACACAUUCCUUUUUUCAAAGGGGUUUUAUUUUGUCAUUAAAAGAAAACAAAUAUGAAUUACAAUAUUGUUCAGUCAUAAAAUGAGGCUGUGACAUUGUAAAACAAAGCUUUUUUACUCUGAAAAUUGCACAAACGCUAGGCCAUUUAAAGCAACUUUUGUGUGGUGACCCAUUCAUAAAAUAGAAGCCAUGUUUCUAUUUUAUUUUUUUUUUUGUGGGGGGGAGGGGGCAUACAAUUGUAUGUGUUUCUACAUAUAAUACAGUAUGCUCCGAUUUCUUUCUUUCACCUCAGACCAGUGUUUGUUUGAUACUGGCGGACCAUUCCAUUCGUUUUCUCUUCAAAUAGGGUAUUAUCAUGUAAGUGCACUGUAUAUGAGAUGUUUUGAAUGGGAACAAUUAAGUGCAUUAAAAGAAGAACAGAAAAGUUUA